AUUACUGACGAUUGGAUUUUACAUUUUAAAAGCCCAAAACCUGUUUUUGUACCUUGUAAUAAUUGGUCUGUGACAACAAGUCACGUUAUCCAUUUUUUUCGGAAUGGUGAUCUGGUGAAAUAUUUUUCUUCGUAUUAAUUAAUUUAGGAAAAAAAAUUGGAGCAUGGCACCGCGCUAUGAAUUAGCCGUUGGCCUGAAAAAAGGUCACCAGACUACUAAGAUCCGAGCUAUCAAGGCAACACUCGAAAACAAAAAGAAGAAAAUCAAGCCUUCCCAUUUGAAAGGACAUCAAACUAAACAUGCUAAACAUAUUCGUGACCUGAUUAGAGAAGUCGUAGGCAAUGCCCCUUUCGAAAAAAGAGCUAUGGAAUUGUUGAAGGUAUCCAAGGAUAAGAGAGCGCUGAAAUUCCUGAAAAGACGACUCGGAACACAUUUACGUGCCAAGAGGAAGCGUGAAGAAUUGAGUAAUCUUCUGUUGGCUAUCAGGAAAGCCCAAUCGCAGAAAACUAACGUUUAAUCUACGUUUAAUGUUAUUGUAUGCGUUAUGGGAUAAGAAUAUAUCUAAUUUUUAUAUUAAAUGUCCUUAACUCCUGUUAA